CUCUGCAUCACAUCUCUCAUUCUUUCAUGAUCUCCCUGCAUAUCACUUCAGUCCAUUCUGCUUUGAGUUAUGCAACUCGUGGGCUUUAGUUUUGCAAACUUACCAUUUCGUCGCUUCAUUUUUGCUAUUGCUAUUGCAUUGUGCUUUGCACGAGUCUCCUCAGCGUCAAAUGAAACCGACAAAUCAGCAUUACUUGCAUUCAAGGUGGGGAUAACCGAGGACCCUCUCAAGGUGCUUAGCUCUUGGAACGGUACGGUCGAUCUCUGCCAAUGGUACGGUGUUACAUGCAGUCACCGUCACCACAAUAGAGUCACCAUAUUGGACCUGAAUUCCUAUAAGCUCUCAGGGUCUAUCUCUCCUCACAUCGGGAACCUUAGCUUCUUAAGGAUAUUGAGGCUCUACAAUAAUAGCUUUCACCAUGAAAUCCCUCCCCAGAUUGGGCGGUUGCAUCGAUUACGCAUCUUAUCGCUAGCCAAUAAUUCUCUAGCAGGAGAAAUCCCCAGGAACACAUCAAGCUGUCAUAACCUCCUUGGGAUCGGAUUGUCCAGAAACCAAUUGAGUGGAGAAGUUCCUCCAGAGAUAGGUUCAUUGGUGAAGCUUCAGUGGCUUUAUUUAGGAGGAAACAAUCUAACAGGAAGUGUCCCUUCUUCCAUCGGGAACUUAUCAUCGUUGGAGGAGCUUGCUCUUUUCCUAAAUUACUUAGGCGGGAGUCUUCCUUGGGCUCUAGGUCAGUUGACCAAACUGAGAUCACUUGGUUUAUUACAAAAUCAGUUGUCUGGUACGAUUCCGCUUUCCCUCUACAAUUUAUCGUCAUUGGUAGUAUUUGACGUGGGACUUAACCAAAUACAUGGAAGUCUCCCCACUACAAUAGGCUUUGAUCUCCCUAACCUAGAAUUUUUUAGUGUUUCCCAGAACCAAUUUGUUGGAUCAAUUCCUCAGUCGUUAUCUAAUAAUGCCACAAAUCUACAGAUACUUGAACUUGCAAGCAACAAACUCUUAGGGAACGUACCUUCUUUUCAAAGUUUGCAUAACCUUCAAAAGUUGCAGCUUGACGGUAACCACCUUGGAAGUGGGGGAUCCGGGGAGUUGAGCUUCCUUUGCUCAUUAACCAAUAGCACUGGCUUAAUCUGGUUGAUUAUUUCAGAAAAUAGACUAGGUGGGUUGUUGCCGGAUUGCAUUGGUAAUUUAUCCACUGGUAUCACGGUAUUGGAAUUAGGCGUAAAUCCUAUAGUUGGUGAGAUUCCUAGAGCAAUCGGCAAUCUUGUGAACUUGGAAGUCUUGGGGAUAGAAAACAUCUUUCUUUCAGGUGCUAUCCCGUUUGAUGUGGGAAAUCUUCAAAAUCUAACAUAUUUGGCACUCUCCAAUAACAAUCUAUCGGGGGUAAUUCCAUCCUUUUUGCGAAACAACAAAUUGAUUCGAUUACUUCUUGAUGGGAAUCACUUUCACGGGCACAUUCCUUCUUCUCUAGAUAAGUGUCGAAGUCUGACGGACCUUGAUCUUUCUGACAACAACCUUAGUGGUUCCAUAUUCCCGGUGGUGAAAACUCUCCUCUAUUUGAACUUGUCUCACAACCAUUUGAAUGGGGCCCUUCCAAUGCAAAUAGGACAAAUUGAACAUUUAAAUACUUUGGACAUUUCAGGCAAUAUAUUUAGUGGUGAAAUUCCAAGCAGUCUAGGUGAUUGUGAUGGAUUGAUAGUAUUAAAAUUGAAGGAUAACCAGUUCCAAGGAACCAUUCCUCAAUCAUUUAGCUCAUUAAGAAGCAUUGAGAAACUGGAUUUUUCAAAUAACAAUCUAUCGGGUGAGAUUCCGAAAUUCUUAGAGACAUUUGACUUCCUGGAAAUGCUGGAUUUAUCAUACAACAAUCUUAAAGGCAUGUUACCAACAGAAGGAGUGUUCAAGAAUACGAGUGCCACUUUUAUUACCGGAAACAACAAGAUUUGUGGAGGAAUCCCGGAAUUUCGGCUCCCUAAAUGCAUCUCUAAACACUCUAAGAGGAAAGGAGUUGUUCAUAAGUUGAAAUUCACGCUCCCUGUUUUUUUGGGACUUCUAGGGGUGGUUCUUGCUCUAGUUUAUGUGUAUGUAUGUUGGUUGAUGAAGAAGAAAACAAAAGAACCCACUUUGAGUUCCAUAUUUGAUAGCUCGCAAAAUUUAUCUUAUGGAACUCUCCUUAAAGCAACUAAUGGUUUUUCUUCAACUAAUUUGAUCGGUGUUGGUAGUUUUGGAUCUGUUUACAAGGGAUUGCUCCAGGAGAAUGGGAUUAACGUUGCUGUGAAGGUGCUUAAUUUAAUGCAUCAUGGGGCUCUAAAGAGCUUCAAAGCUGAGUGCGAGGCUUUAAAGCGUAUAAGACACCGAAAUCUUUUGAAGGUAUUGACAAUAUGCUCAGGUACUGAUUAUCAGGGGAAUGACUUUAAGGCUUUGGUCUAUGAGUUCAUGGUCAAUGGUAGCCUUGAAGAAUGGUUGCACCCAUCUCCAAUACCAGCUAAUGCAAAUGGGCCUUCAAAAAAUCUGAGUCUCAUCCAAAGGAUAAAAAUUUCCAUCGACAUUAGUUUUGCAUUGGAUUAUCUUCAUAACCAAUGCCACAACACGAUAGUUCAUUGUGAUCUAAAGCCAAGCAAUGUCCUUUUAGACGCUGAGAUGGUCGGACAUGUCGGUGACUUUGGACUGACAAAGAUCAUCCUUGAAUCCACAUCUCAAAUGAGCACAAAUAUAAGCUCAAUUGGUUUGAGAGGAACAAUCGGUUAUACUGCUCUAGAAUAUGGAAUGGGUAGUGCGGUUUCUGCUGAAGGUGAUGUCUAUAGUUAUGGCAUCCUCUUGCUAGAGAUGUUCACCGGAAUUAGGCCCACCGCCGAGAUAUUCAAAGAAAAUUUGAACCUACAUAUUUUGUUGAGAAAGCUUUGCCUAAACGAGUCCUAGAGAUUACCGAUCCCAUUCUAGUUCAAGAAGUGGAAAGCUAUGCAGGCGAAAGCAGAAAGAGCACACUCCAGGAUUGUCUAUUAAUGAUCUACGGAAUUGGGAUCGCUUGCUCUGUUGAAGUCUUAGGAGAGCGAAUGAGCAUAACAGAUGUAGCAACUCGACUAUGUUCGAUUAGGGACAGACUUUACGCAGCUGGCUUACAAGGAUAGGUAAUAUAUUAAAGCGGUAAGUUUUCUCGUACCUCCUACAAAUGCCAAACUGAACCACUUAUGCAUUGACAGGCACGUGACUGCACGCAUUUUUUUUCCAAUCUAGAUAAACUCAAUUUUCUGGUUAUGUGAAGAUGGAGCCAUAAAGGUAACAAAUGUCUUCGUCCUCUUCGGGGAAUAGAGAGAGGUGGCAGGAGGUCUUCAUCCCUUAUGCAAACGUGGGACAGAUGCUUCUCCAAUGUAUCGUGAGGUUGGAGAAUUGAAUUCUGAGAUAGACUCCGAAUAGUUUAGACAAUGAAGAACAUAGCUGUUUUUCAGUGUUCCUUCUGAAGUGAAAGUUGGCGCGUAAGACGAGAAGACGGCGUUAGGAAUGAUGCUGUCAUCUCACAUCUGUGCGGUAUAUUUGGAAAAUUGAGAAGAAAGGCAUACAUGCUUAGCCUGUAUAUGUCUCCUAAAGCUAUGCAAGCAAGUCCAUUUAUCGUUUUGUUCUGUUUUGCUAGUUAAAUAGUUCAAUCUAAUAAUACG